AUGGAUACCAUCAAGAACACCGUUAACUACGUUACCGAGUCCAUCUCCGGCGCCAGCGCCACCGCUUCGAAGGAGGCUAACAAGAACGUCGCCAAAGACAGCAACGCCGACGUCUCCACUCGUGCUCAAGCUGCCGGCGAUGCCAUCUCGGACAAGCUCGACGAGCAGAAGCAUGACCGCAAGGCCGAUGUCCACAAAGAGGCCGCCAAGCACUAG